AUGGAGAACGAUGUUUACAAUGUCACUCCAUCUAAAACUCAGGUAGAGUUGUACGAUAUUACUGUUAGUGUGGAAGAAGUCGUAAACAAUUUAUGCAAUUUAGAUGUAACCAAGGCACAUGGUCCUGAUGGAAUUCACCCUCGCCUAUUAAAGGAAUGUAGUGAACACAUUGGACCUAGUUUGUGUGCGUUAUUCAAUCAUUCUAUGAACUGCGGCAGAGUACCCAUAGAAUGGAAGGCUGCGAACAUCACACCUGUUCAUAAGAAGGAGUCAAAAGAAGUAGCUGAGAACUUUCGUCCUAUCUCGCUGUUGUCGAUUGUUAGCAAGAUUCUCAAACGCUCUGUAUGCAGCAAUCUGUACAACCAUAUAUCCCAUCUUAUUGCUGAUGAACAACAUGGCUUCAUCAGAAACCGAUCGUGUGUGACACAACUUCUUUCUGUUUUCCACGCUAUCGGCAAGAGCUUGGACAAGAACAUCCAAACAGAUAUUCUAUAUUUAGACUUUGCCAAAGCAUUCGACUCUGUUGACCAUGACAUUCUCCUUGCCAAACUAAAAACAUAUGGGGAAAAUGGAAACUUGUUAAAUUGGUUCACCGACUACCUCCACGGCCAUGUUCAGAGAGUCGUUGUAGAUGGUGCAGCAUCUGAUUGGGUGACUGUAACGUCUGGUGUUCCUCAAGGAAGUUUACUUGGUCUUAUACUUUUCGUUAUCUUUAUCAACAAUGUCGCUAAUGUUAUAUCUGAUGCGUCACAGACAGCACUGUAUGCUGAUGAUUUGAAAUUUUACAAGAGCAUAUCCUGUCUCGGUAGCUGUGAAAGCUUGCAACAAUCCCUGAAUCAUCUGAGUAUGUGA